AUGUUCAGCAAUGUGGAGAUGGCAGCGCGGCUGAAUGCAUCUGAAGCCUCGGACUCGGAUCAGUCUUCUCCGGGAGAUCAGAGUUCGUCGACCCGCAGCAGGAACCGAAGUCUGAGGCUCGCAGAGAAAGAGAGGAGGAAAAACGAGGCGGACUCGUUCAGUUUGGCCCUGAAGUAUUUCACUGAAGUUAAAUCAGGGACUCCUGUUGUGGGAAACGAUGAUUUUGAAAGAAAUCUUGUGUGUGUGGAGAAGACUGCCUACAGCAAAGGACUUCAUCCUGAGGCUGUCUCAACAAUGCUGGAGUUUGCCAUGAGCUGCCGAAUGGGAUCAUCUCCCUGUGCUCGAGUGCUGAAAUGCCUGCUUCCUUCAAGCGUGGUGCCGCAGGAGGCUGUUGUUCGGGCUGUGGUUUGGCUGGGAAUCAGUAAAAUACCAGUCAGCACUCAGAUUCUGUUUGUGAAGUGGAUACUGACCAUGUUUGACUUGAUUGAUGGAAAGGCUCAGCUUCGUGCGAUUUAUGGCUUCAUCUUUAACUUUGUGACAGAUGAAAAUCUGUGUCCAUUUAUUUGUCAUCUGUUAUACCUGCUGACCCGAAAAGAAAGUGUGCGGGUUUACCGAGUUCGGAAACUUCUAGAGCUGCAGUCGAAACUGGGAAGGCAGCCUUUCCUCCUGCAUCUUCUGUCACUUUACAAAGUGUUUUGUCCAGAGUUGGUGACACUCUCCAUUCCAUCCCGAAUGAAGACUGGUUUUAAAAACUACAAUUCUCCCUGGAAAGCUGCACUUGUUGGGGUCCUGAAGAGGAAUGGCUCUCAAGUUGCCCAAAGCAUCAACCUAUUAGCCUCUGCAUCUAGAAAACGGAAACUUGGCCACAUGGACCUGCCUGUGCUUGCGCCGGCUGUGAACACGCAGGCUGUGUCUGAGUCUCUCUGCAAAAAUGUGGUUCCUUUGGUGCAGAUACAGUCUUUCACUCAGCUGCUGGAAAAUAUUCACCAAAUAGAGUUGCCUGCUCAGAUGGGCUCUCUUCUGGGCUCCAGUCUGGCCUUGCAGUACCUGGAUUGCCUACAGGAUGAGUCUGCCCUCCUACGGAUGAACUUCUGGCUUGGUUAUGCUCUCCACGAAGAAUUUCUAUUCUUCAACAACGGAGGAGCGAACCAAAACUCAGAAGAGGCUCAGCAGUUUUUAGAGAAAUUACUGUCUACGCAGCACUUUCUUCAGGAAGGGUUUUCCAGCACGGAGGCUUUUCUGUACAAAUUUCUAAAUGUUUGGGACGGAGCCCUGAUGCGACCACAGAUCCUGGGUCUUAUGAGUAACAUUCCAGUUAUACCAAGUUCACAUAUUGGGCAACUUUUGUUUGAGCCUCUCAUACAGCUUUUUUUCACCUCCUCACUCUUUUUCAAGUGUGGAUUGAUGGAGUGUCUCAACAAUAUGCUGUUAAAAUGGCUGACGUGGCACUCGGUUUAUGCCUUGGAGGACGACUUGGACAUCAGCCUGAAUAGUCAUACGUCUAUAAACAUGACGUUAUCAGGUUUUAAGAACUCUGUGAUGGAGCUGGUGUAUUUUGUGGGUCGACUUGCGUCUGUGGGACUCCAGGGGGAAGACUGUCAUUCGCUCCUCCUCAGCUUUGUUUUGGACUUUUAUGAAACGGUGUGUGAAAUGUUCCUUAAAUACGGCCUUCCCCUGGUGGUGAUGCCUCCUCCUGGUGUUUUUUACCCCGCGCUCUUUGCCACUGACCCUGUGAGUGUGGACCGGCUGGCCUACAUCAUGUACAGAUACAAAAUUAACUUGGCAUCAGCCAAGUAUCAAGAAAAACGAAUGGAGCAGGCCUUCCACAUAAACCGGCAGACGUUUCUUGAGUUUAACCACUAUGCGGUGCUGAUGGUAAACUGCCUCUGGAACUCAAAGAUGUUUGGGCCGGGAACAGGCCUCGAGCUGAGUGAGAGUCUGCUUUUGAAGAGCAAGGUUCCCAACUACGGAGCCAGCUUCCACCUGGUGCACCACCCGGCCUUUCUGAGCUACGCUGUGGACUUUCACCAACAGUGCUGGCCCAAGAGAAACGAUUUGGACCUCAAUUCCAUAAAGCAAUCAAAGGCUUUGGGGUGGUACCUGGAGUUCCUCAUUUCUCAAGGUUUCGACGGGCUCAAACAUUUUGUGGAGAGUAACAUUAGCUGGCAGGUGACCGGAGGCCAGGGAGACUCAGCGUCCACACAGACGCGUGGCACUCCCUCGCCCCCCUCCGCCCCCUUUCCCGGGCAGCGCUCCCCUGACGCAGCCCUAAGUUUCCCCCCUCUCCUCCUUCACUUGUUCCCGCGUAUACAUCCUCCCAACAGCCGCUCGCAGGCUCCAGAAGACACUGUGGCUGGUGUGAACGCGCGCAGUCAGGGAUGUGAAGCUCCAGAGAAAGACACACUGCCUUACUACCGCUACUACCGAGCCUCCACACCGCUUUUCUGCACAGGAGUAGCCGCUUAUCUCUGCCUCUUCACCGGACAGACAUCCAUCCCAGAUCCCACGCCAGAGUUGGUCCACCUGAGACCCGAUAAUCUCCCGCCUCAAAGCAAGGACAGAGAAAUGGUAUGGAAGUGGGUUAGUUCCCCUUGUCCAUCCCCCCCAUGGCUUGCCCCAGUCUCCCCCAGUGUGUAA